CGAGAACCGUGCUUGGGGAUGCCCGCGCCUCCCGUGGGACGCCGGUUGAGGGGCGGGAGCCCGAAGCAUCGGAUGCUUAAGAAACUGCUGUGCUUUGGCGGGCGGGGGGCCUCAGCGAGGGUUCCUCUACUUGGCUGGCUGCUUGUGGUCUUUACUGUUCGUUACUGAGACGGCAGGGAUUGCUGUGCAGCGCUUACCCGGGUGUGAGGUCCACUGCAAGCAGGAUAGAGUGCUGUGUUCACGCGUGGAGCAGCGUGUGCGCUGGAGGGCCGACAGCGGUCGCUCCCCGUGGAGGUGGAGGUGGUUCUGGGGAGCUGCGAUGUUCCAGGACUGGGCAGCCGUGUUUCUAUUCUCCGUGGGGUCGCUGUGAGUCAGACCCGACUGCACCCCCAUGACAACACAACCACCACCUCUCUUGGGGGGGACACCGGUCUCCCCAUUAUCAAUGCACUGAGAUCCAAUAUGCUGGAUGCUUGCGUGUCCUGGGUGAAGUUUUAGUCCUUGGGACGGGGAGGUGUCAGGGCAGAUAAAAGCUACCAACCCUUGCUUCUGGCAGAGGGGCAGAAAGGGCCUCAUGGUGGCCACUUCGGGCCUGGACCAGAGGGUGUGUGGGAGGCAGGAGGCCUGGGUUCUCUGAGGCCCUUGGUGUGGUAAGUUCAGGGCUAGGCGGGAGCUGGUGGUGAUGCUUGACGGGAUGAGUCUGGGAGUGGAGCAGGGCAGCAGGAGCAGAGUGGACCCCGAGGGCUGGCUGGGAGGGUGGCUGGAGGAGGAGCUACAAUGGCAUCCAGAUAUGCCUGAGCUGGGACAGACAUACAGGGAUCUGUGGGGGAGGGGCUUUGAGGUGCCGUGGGCAGGUAAUGCAAGGCCUUGUAGAGACAGUGAGAGCAUACUACAGGGCAUUGAUCAGAGGGGUUUCAGGAGCCCAGUGCAGCAGGAACAAGCAGUGGGACCCUGUGGUCUCAUAGGUGAGGAGGGUACCUGCGGGCAGCCCCUACCCCAGACCGUGCUGGUUGAGCAGGUGUGAGCAUACCUAUUAGACUCUGCGAACCAGGUGGUCUGUAGUAACCAGGAAAAGUACAAUUGUGUGUCGAGGUCAUCCUGGAGGAAGAGCAGCAGCGUUUAUGGGAGCUGGUGCUUUGAUCUCUCAGAGAUGACAAGGCUUGAAAUAAUAGGGGAAGCAGAGGACCUCCUCCUGCCCACUGGGCCUCACCCUGCUUUGCAGAACCUUGUGCUGCCCCCAUUCCAGAAGCCAACAGCUGACGGUGCCACAUGGCCAGCCAAAUAACAGGAGCCCUGUCCCUGCAGGAGCUCAGAGGAUGGGAAAAGUCUCCCUAUUCUUCAUGGACACGACUCUGACCUACGACACGCUCAGGUUCGCUGAGUUUGAAGACUUCCCUGAGACCUCAGAGCCUGUGUGGAUCCUGGGCCAAAAGUACAGCGUUUUCACAGAGAAGGAUGAGCUCUUGUCUGACGUGGCCUCGAGACUGUGGUUUACCUACAGAAAGAACUUCCCGGCCAUUGGAGGGACCGGCCCCACAUCGGACACAGGUUGGGGCUGCAUGCUUCGCUGUGGCCAGAUGAUCUUCGCCCAGGCCCUGCUGUGCCGGCACCUGGGCAGAGACUGGAGGUGGGCCCGGCGCCGGAGGCAGCCUGACAGCUACUUCAACGUCCUCCAUGCCUUCAUCGACAGGAAGGACAGCUACUAUUCCAUCCACCAGAUAGCGCAAAUGGGAGUCGGCGAGGGCAAGUCUAUUGGCCAGUGGUACGGCCCCAACACCGUCGCCCAGGUCCUCAAGAAGCUGGCCGUGUUCGACACCUGGAGCUCCCUGGCUGUCCACAUAGCAAUGGACAACACCGUGGUCAUGGAGGAGAUCCGGCGGCUGUGCCGGAGUGGGCCCGUGAGCACAGGGGCCGUGGCUACUCCUGAGCCUUCCAGUCGGCACUGCAAUGGGUUCCCGGCCACAGCGGCCCCCUGGAGGCCCCUGGUGCUGCUCAUCCCUCUGCGCCUGGGGCUCAGCGACAUCAAUGAGGCCUAUGUGGGCACGCUCAAGCACUGCUUCCGGAUGCCCCAGUCUCUGGGUGUGAUCGGUGGCAAACCCAACAGCGCACACUACUUCAUCGGCUAUGUGGGGGAGGAACUGAUCUACCUGGACCCGCACACAACACAGCCAGCUGUGGAGCUCACGGGCACCUACAGCAUCCCUGAUGAAAGCUUUCACUGCCCGCAUCCGCCCUGCCGCAUGGGCAUCACCGAGCUCGACCCGUCCAUCGCUGUGGGCUUUUUCUGCAAGACGGAGGAAGACUUUGAUGAUUGGUGCCAGCAAGUCAAAAAGCUGUCGUUGCUCCCGGGCACCCUGCCCAUGUUCGAGUUGGUGGAGCAGCAGCCCUCCCACCUGGCCUGCCCGGACGUCCUGAACCUCUCCCUGGAUUCUUCUGAUGUGGAGCCGCUGGAAAGGCUCUUUGACUCGGAAGACGAAGACUUUGAAAUAUUGUCCCUCUGAGGCAGACUCUGCUGGCCCUCGGUGUCUGGCACCCAUAGCUCAUCCAUCCCAGCCUGCCUGCUUGGCAGGGACUGCAGCCGGGCCUGCCCUCGGAGUCAGGGCCGGUCAGCCAGAGCCUCCUGGGCUAUCCACCGUCCCCUGGGGGUGGCCGAGAAAGGAGCCCAUCAGGGACAGAGCAGGUCUCCAUGCUUCCGGAAGCUUCUUCCCAACACUGCCAGCCCCGCGUUCGCCCACCAUCUUUCUCCGCUUCUUGCUGGCGCCUCACCCUGUGGUUCUUCCGGAAUUAAAGUCCCGUUUGCAGCUUCUCACAGACACGGAGUCGUGUUGACGGGACCCAAGCGCAAGGCGCCCGAGAGCUGAGGCAGCAAGGCGAGGGGCACAGCAUCCCCACUGCUUGAAGCCGCCCCUGCGCUGUCACCAAGGGCUACCUCAGCAGGACCACGGGCCUUGGGGAGAAGACGGGGGAACACAGCAGCAAAGCUGAAAGGAUGUGAGUCUUGCCUCUGGGUUGGGGGGCACCCCAGCAGGAUGUCAGCUCCUGGGUGACCGGUAUGCUUGGCACCUCCCUCCUGGUUGCCGAAGGUCCCAUUGGUCUGGGGCCAAAGCUGAAAGUGGCCCAGCUGCAGGGUAAGAGGCAGGCAGGUCAGCUGACUGACAGACGGGAACGCCACCCAGCCACCACCUCUGUGCGCUGCCAGCCUUGCCACUGACCCUCAGCCCCAGUACCCUCCAGCCUGCCUUGAGCUGGCCACCCUGAGCUGGGGAGGUGGGCGGCCCCUCGCAGAGGAGCCCUGUUACAGCCCACCCCUCUUGUCCUGCAGGAAGCAUCGCUUGUGAGAGAACUUGGUGGGCCACCCCACCCAUGGUGGGCAGGCGACACCCCGUCCCCUUUCCUCAUCCUGGCCACAGACAACGUGGCCACGGUGUGUGCGGGGGCCACUUCCAUUACCUCCCUGCUUGGCAUUUCUGUGUCCAGAGAGAGGCAUGGGCAGGGGGCAGGUUGCGUGCAGCUGGUUCUCUGCAAAGGCUUCCUGAGGAGGAGGGUGUCCGUUCUGAGUAGUAUAGUGUGCAGUCUAAGCGGCAAAUAACAACCUGUUUGAGUA